AUGCCUGAACGCUCGAGUCCUCCAGUGAAGCUGUCUCUGCCCUUGCAAUACCAGCAAGACCUCUUCAAUGAGCUUCGCGCCGAAGAUGAGCUCGUCAUUCUCGCUCGUGGCCUCGGCCUCUUGCGUCUCGUUACAAAUCUCCUCCAUUCGUAUGACGCCGCGGGUAAUAAUCUAGUCUUGGUGGUCGGAGCGGAUGAUCGGGAGAACGAGUGGAUCGGAGAAGCCCUGGCGGAGCACUAUGCGAUCAGCAAGACGCCCCUCGCUCGAGGGCUGAAGGUGAUCAAUACCGACAGGGCUACCGUGCCCAUGAGAGUAGUUGCCACUGCUCUUGAAGCAUUUAUUAUCCGGAUAUACCGGCAGUUCAACAAGGCGGGCUUUCUCAAAGCGUUCUCAGACUGCCCCGAACCGUUUACGACCGGAUGGUCGCCCCUGGCCAAUAUGUUGAAGAAUCUGUUCUUGCGCAAGCCCUCCCUGUGGCCUCGAUUCCACGUCACAGUUGCAGAGUCUUUGGAGGGCCGCCGUAAGGCCGAAGUCAUUGAACUCGAGGUCCCGAUGACAGACAAGAUGAAAGAGAUCCAGAACGCGGUACUGGAAUGUGUCGAGAUCAGUAUUUCCGAGCUCAAGAAGGCCAACACAGGCCUCGACAUGGAGGACUGGACUGUCGACAGCGCUCUGCACAAAAACUUUGACGUAGCUAUCAGACGGCAGCUCGAUCCGAUAUGGCACCGCGUCAGUUUCAGAACCAGGCAAAUCGACGACUGCGGUGCUCUGUCCGGCUAUUCCGCGAUAUCGCUAACUUCCCGUCCAGUUCGCUGCUCACCGCAUUCAGCGCCCCCGGGGUCGACCAGGCACAACUACUCGCCGUGGCUGUUCCUCGACGCCGCCCACAUUCUCUUCGAAACCGCCAAAUCACGAGUGUAUCGGGGUAAAAUCACUGGCAAUGAAGCCUCUUCUUCAUCCAUCUCCUUUUCUUCAGCUCUCCAGCCGGUCCUGGAGGAGCAGCCGAAGUGGCAUGUUUUGGCAGAUGUUCUUAAUGAAAUCGAGCAGGACAUCUCGAGCGAUACGCCAACUGCUCGGGGGCAAAGCCAGUCUGGGUCAUUGAAUACUACUCAAAGCAGAGCGCCUCCUAACAAGCGGCGUCGAGUCCGCGGUGGAGGAACCGGUUCGUCUGCCACUGGCCGUACUCCUAACACCAGUGUACAAGCGGAAAUCGAAGGACCCGCGCAAGUAUCCGACUUGCUGGAAGAUCUUCAGCCCAGAGGGGUAGAGGAGACUCUAAAAGAAGAAGUCAUUGUUGACGAUCUGGAAGAUAUGGAGGACUAUUACGAGCUUUACGACAUGAAUGACCUCGUUAUGAUACACCCCUAUGACGGCGAUAUGGACGAGCGGAUAUUGGAGGAAGCCCGCCCGCGCUAUAUCAUCAUGUACGAACCCGACGCUGCAUUUAUCCGCCGCGUCGAAGUCUACCGGAGUUCUCAUACGGAUCGGAAUGUGCGAGUGUACUUUAUGUAUUAUGGCGGCUCUGUGGAGGAACAGCGGUACCUCAGUGCGGUUCGGCGAGAAAAGGACGCCUUCACAAAACUGAUCAAGGAAAAGGGGGGCAUGGCUGUUACGUUGACGCACGACAAGAGCCAAGAAGAUCCGCAAGAGCAGUUCCUCAGGACAGUCAACACACGCAUUGCCGGUGGCGGUCGACUGGCAGCAACAGCCGCGCCUCCAACGGUUGUUGUCGAUGUCCGCGAGUUCCGGAGCGCGUUGCCAUCCUUAUUGCAUGGCCGUGGUAUGGUGGUCGUUCCUUGCCAGCUGACGGUGGGAGACUACGUCCUGACGCCGGACAUCUGCGUGGAACGCAAGUCGGUCCGCGACCUGAUCAGCUCGCUCCGGAACGGCCGUCUCUACAACCAGGCGGAGACAAUGCUGCAACACUACAAGAACCCUCUGCUGCUGAUCGAGUUUGACCAGAACAAGUCAUUCACAUUCGACGCAUUCACGUCCGCAUCCACUCCCGGUACCAGCUUUUUCUCAGACUACGUCUUCUCGUCCUCCGGCACCCCUGCCGUCGCCCUGCCCGCCAACAGCGCCCUGGUGAACCCAACCAGUCCCAAGUCCGCACAGCACCUCCUCGUCCUCCUGACCCUCGCCUUCCCGCGACUCAAAAUCAUCUGGUCGGGCUCAACGUCGACAUUACCUCUUCCUCCUCCUCCCCCCCCGUCGCACCGCCCGGGCAACGCCGUCAUGGCCGCAGCAGGCAUCGAGCACCGCACCUUCAACCAGCUACCGCAGGACAUGCUCCGUGCCGUACCGGGCGUCACCCCAGUCGUCCUGGAGCGCCUGAUCCGGGAAACGAGCAACAUCCACGAGAUCGCGAACAUGGACGUCGAGGACCUCAACCCGCUGGUCGGCCGCGAAACGGCGCGGAAGAUUGUGCGGUUUUUCCGGAAGAAUGUCUUUGAGGAUGAGCCGGAGGUUGUUGAGCCGUCGAAUUCGAAUUCAUGA